AUGGCGGAAAUGGCAGAUAUGCCAGACAAGAGCAUGCUCUCCCCCGGAACCCCUCCGGAGCCCAUUCCGUCCAUGACACCGGUUUCGUACGCCAACCAAUGUGGGAGCGAGACGGCUGUCCAAACGAAUACCUACAGACUCUUCGCGAGUCCCCCACAGAAUGUUUCGUUUCAAAGUGAGAUGGGAGUUGGAGCACCGCGGAUCUGCUCAGCCACCAACACCACACCACCGUGGCCACCACGUUUGACUGCUCAUCGAGAGGGAAAGUUUUGUCGGGAGAGCAUGUAUCUUUGCACGGACAGCAAGCAAGAUGGCCUGCCCGCCAUAACACCCCACCAUCCUCUUUGGGCGACUCAGCCGCAACUCAGGCUCGCAUCCCUGCGAGCUUUCAGCAUCACCUUGACUUUCCUUCCCGUCCCCCCUCUCUUCCCUCCGUCUCCGAAUGCCGACCAAGGGUUGUGA